AUGUUCCGAUUGGUGGUGUUGUCCGUUGUUCUUGCCGUUGCCGCUGCCGCUCCGGGGUACAUCCACUCGGGCCCGGUUGCCUACUCGUCGGUGGUGGCCGCUGCCCCGGCCCUGGUCGCCCAGAAGGAGAUCUCGUACCAGAAGAGCAUCGUCGAGGAGCCGACCGUGGCGCACGUCGGUACGAUUGAGAAGUCCGUCCCGACGGGCUACUCGCACCAGAGCUUCACCCAGUACCACAACAAGCAGGUCGCUGAGGCGGUCUAUGCUCCGGCCGUGAAGAAGACCGUGGUGUCGACGCCGGUUGAGAAGACGACCUAUGUUCAGGCUGCUGCCCCAGUGGUCCAUGCCGCCCCGGCUGUCUAUGCUGCCCCGGUCCAGACGGUCUAUGCUGCUCCAGUUGCCAAGACCUACACCUAUGAUGCGCCGGUUGCCAAGACCUACGUCCAUGCUGCCCCAGCUGCCGUUGCCUACGAGGCCGCCCCAGUGUCGUACGUCGCUCCGCUGAAGACGUCCUACGUCAGCAGCUACCCGUCGGUGUACUCCGCCCCGGCCGUCUAUGCUCACGAUUUCAACUAA